UAAAAAAAUCCGGUGAUGUUUAAGCAGUUACAUUUUUAUUUUAUUUUGACGGGAUCUCUUGAAGAAGCAAUGGAAUCAAAACUGGUACCAUUUCCUUUGUUAUUGGAUAGUACCAAUUACGGAGCAUGCACCAUUCCAUGGAGAUUACCUUCUGAUGAUCCACGUGUCCUCACUCCCACUGAGCUAUCUUGGAUUAAUCUCCUACACAGUUGUAUCCCCUCCUAUAAAAAGCGUGCUGAGACUGAUACCUCUGUUCCUGAUGCUGCAAAUAAAGCUGAAAUCUUUGCUCAAAGGUAUGCUAAAAUACUUGAAGAUUUGAAGAAAGAUCCUGCAAGUCAAGGCGGUUCUUUUGAUCUCCUUCUUCUUUGCAGACUUCGUGAGCAAGUCCUUAAAGAAUUGGGAUUCAGAGAUAUCUUCAAGAAAGUCAAGGAUGAAGAGAAUGCAAAGGCCAUCUCCCUAUUUGAGAAUGUUGUUCGUCUUAAUGAUGCUAUUGAAGACGAAGGCAAUCGACUCGAAAAUUUAGUUAGAGGAAUUUUCGCGGGGAAUAUAUUUGAUCUUGGUUCUCCAGAGCUUGCAGAGGUUUUCCCUAGGGAUGGGGUGUCGUUUUCAACUACUUGUGAAAAUCUUCUCCCUCGGCCUUGGAUAAUUGAUGACCUUGAUACUUUAAAAUUAAAAUGGAGCAACAAGUCCUGGAAGAAGGUUAUCAUAUUUGUUGAUAACUCUGGUGGAGAUAUUAUUUUGGGUAUUUUGCCAUUUGCAAGGGAGCUCCUUCGGCGUGGGAGUCAGGUUGUUUUGGCCGCUAAUGACUCACCUUCUAUCAAUGAUGUGACUUACCCUGAGCUAAUUGAAAUUAUAUCAAAGUUAAAGGAUGAAGAAGGAAAUCUCUUGGGUGUCAGUACUUCAAAUCUUUUUAUUGCUAACUCCGGAAAUGAUUUACCUAUUAUUGAUCUUACAAAGGUUUCACCAGAGCUUGCUUGCCAUGCCAGUGAUGCAGAUCUUGUCAUUUUAGAAGGGAUGGGUCGAAGUAUUGAAACAAAUCUCUAUGCUCAAUUUAAAUGUGAUUCUAUCAAGAUUGCCAUGGUGAAACAUCCUGAGGUUGCAGAAUAUCUUGGGUCACGGUUGUAUGACUGUGUAAUCAAAUACAAUGAAGUUUAGAGUAUAUAGGUCAGACCGAUUUUUUUACAAGACAAAAUUUUCAUUCAAGAGUUUGUUCUCUAAUACCAUUUGAUCUUUUUCAGAGUAGUUUUUUAAUUGAAAAGUUGAGAAUUCCAUUUGCCAUUGAGAAUUAUGAAUUUAAGAUAUUGUUGUCUUAGGAAUUAGAGGAUUUUUGAAAUGAUUGAUAAUUUUGAUGAUUGGAA